AUGCCACCACAUCUCCACCCUCGUUCCCGGUCAACAAUGGGCCUCUUCACCGGCACCCUCUUCGCGUCUCUCCUGGUUGUCGGCUUGCCACACGUCUUCCCAUGCCCCUCCCCACGCCGAACCUUUGCCGACUCCGAAAUGACCAUCACAGCCGAUGGGCAACAAGUCCCGCGAAUGCGACGUCGGAGACGGAGAGAUAUGGAGCUGGACUCCGAGGUUCCGCGUCCGACUUCUUCCGGUGCCGAUGAAGAAGUAGCUACGUUCUUCCAGAUGGAGGAGGAGGCGGAGAACUUGUCACACAUUGGCCAUGAGUGCCCGGUACCAAAACCAAAGGGUGUACUAGGGGAAUUGUUGGGGUUUCGUAAUGCGCGUGGGAGUGAACAGCACCAGGUUUCGGCUGAUGGGCAAUAA